GGCCGACGGCGGUUAUGGCGACAGACGUUGGGAUGAGAAACGAGGAGAAGAAGAGUGUGUCAAUUGAGGCAAUCCGAAAGAAGUUUUCAGAAUGGGGGUGUUGGCCGUAUCAGUACCAAAUGUACAACUUACACGAGGGAUUUAGAGAUAUUUCCCGUUUGCCUUACCCUUUGUCCAUGAGUUCCAGCCGUGAAGUUUUAAUGGACGAUGAUGAUGGUUUUUAUGAAGAAUGCAAGCGUUACCAAGGCUUCGACUUCUCCAUUGAGCCUACAAUGGUUGGUGAGGCGAAGCAUUGCAGCUACUCCGAGUUGGACAAGAUGACUAAUUUCAAGAAUCCUGCAGAAAUUCAAAAAACUUUUACAGGAAGACUGUUCCAUGGCAUUAUUGUUGAAGGAUCUGUAACAAGACCGGCUAUUGUAAAGACAUGGGAUUAUCUCCUUCCUAUGAAACCUGGGAAUGCUCCACGUCUAGAUAAAUUUUGUGAUGAGAUUGAGUUAUUAACAGAUGAAAGAGCAAAUACACAUCCAAAUUUGGUGAAGUUGUAUAGGUAUUGUUUUGAUACAAGGCUUGCAGUUGUCUACGAUGCAAAAUUCACCAGUGUACUGUUGUCGGAUGUGCUUCUAUCGGAUGACUUUGGGUGGAAUGAUCGGAUGAAAGUGGCAACCCAACUUGCAGAUCUCUUCUCAUGGUUGCAUGAUAAGGGGACUGCAGUUGGUUGUGUUACUGCUUCAUGCAUUAUGAUAGAUGAGGAAGUAAACAUAAAAGUAUUUGACUUUGGGUACGUAUCAAAUCAUGUGAACGAAGAUACUAAUAUUCCUGUAAAAGUUCGUGUUGGCUCGGAUGCUCCAGAGAUUUGGGAAGGUAAACGAUCAAUGAAAUCUGAUGUUUAUAUAUUUGGCGUUCUACUGCUAAAGCUGAUAGCCAAGAAUGAGUUUAUCUGUCGAGGUCCUUAUCAGCUGGAUUGGAUUGUUAUAGAUGAGGCUAAACGUGGUGAAAGAUAUUUGGUUCAUGAGUGCUUCGAAGAAGUUGAUUAUUCAAAUGCAUUUGAGAUCACACUUCUGGCAUUCCUCUGCUUGAAUCUCGAUCAUCCAGACAAGAGGCCAACUAUGAAGGACGUUGUAUAUGCUUUGAAAUUGAUGCAAGCGAGGAUGAAGAAACGAAAAAGAGAUGAAAAUGAGGCAGAAUAGAAUAAGCACUAGCCUCUUAGCUGCUUUCACUUGUAUGAACUGAACUCUAAGGUACUUGUAGAGAAGAAUGUAUUUGACUGAAUAUACCACCCUAUGAAGAUGUUCUAAAUCAGUAAAGCUAACUAUUGAAGAUAUCCUCUA